CGAGGGGCGCGGGGGCCGCAGCCGUAGCCGCGGCCGGGACCGCCACGGGCACCGCAGGCAGGGCGCCAGCGGCGGUGCUCCCUGGCCGCCUUCGGCAGCGGCGCCCUGGCAGGGGCGCCCUCUCGCGGAUCGGCGUGGGCGGCCGCCCCUACUGCCGCUGCAGGGGCCCCGCCGAGCCGUGCUGCUCGAGUCGGCCUGUACCGCCACCAGCUCACAGCGAGACGAUGCGCUCGAUCGUUCCUUCACCUGGCCAUUGCCCGCCUGCUGCCGACGCGGCGCUACGAGGACGCUGUCCAGCAGGCGCUGGACAGCAUCCGCGCGGCGGCGCGCGAGGCCUUCGGGCCCGAGGCUGGGGCGCGCCCUUUCGGGUCCUUGGUGCAGGGCGCUUACAUGCAGGGCUCGGAUCUGGACCUCUGCGUCACUGGGGCCCCAGGCACCCAAGACUACACGACCGAGCCGGUGAGGGGCAACGGCAACCAGAUAAAAGCUCUGCGCAAUCUGAUAGCCAGCCUGCCCCACACGAUCGUCGUGAAGGAGGCGCGCCUCUUCAAGCAUAUCCGCGUGCCGAUUCUGGUGCUCGAGUUCCAUGCGCCCUCGGGCCAGGUGGUGGAGGCGGAUGUGUCUGUUGGAGGCUCCGACGAGAGGACCGGUGUGCAGAAGGGAUUCACAGACCAGCUCAUUCGCCGCGCGCUGACGUGCAUGCCGCGGGCGCUGCCCCUUGUGCGCCUGGUGAAGCAGUGGGCCAAGGCGCGGGGCCUCAACAAGGCCUUCGAAGGCUACCUGAAUUCGUUGGCCUGGACGUUGCUUGGCGUGUUCUUCUUCCUCUCACGCGGGGAGGCCAGCCCCAACCUGUUAUUGGACGAGGCCGAGCGCGCGGAGACCGCCUCCCGCGAGGCCGAGGAAACGGGAGCUCUGCCAGGUCGUUUGGAGGCAACCCCCUGCCGCCCCAGCCACAGAGACUUGGCCGAUUUCUUCGAGGCGGUCGCCAGUUGGGGCUCUCGCAGGGGCGUCUCGCUGCUCACUGGCGGGGACCCCGAAGGCUACGCGACGGGGAUGUCCCCGUUCUACAUCGAGGACCCUGGGGUCAAGCUCGCCACAGGUCGCGACGAGAACGUCGCUCGCGCACUCCGCGACGGCACCUGGAGCACCAUCCGCUUCCAGUGCGCAGCGGCAGCGCGGGCGCUCCGCCAGCUCGGCAUCCCCCAGCACAGCGUGCGCGCCUGGGCCCAGGAGAGCUGCUCGGCGUCACGCCGGACCCGAGCAGCACCGACGUGCAGCCCGCGCCUGGGUGGCCGGCGUCCGCGGCCUGGUCCCCCGCAGACGACCACGCCGCCGGGCAGGAGCGGGCGGUCGCUUGGGAGGGGCCGUACGAGGCGGCGUACUGGGGCGGCGCAGACGCCGCAGGCUGGGACGGCCUGGAGGCGGGCGGCGAGGAGGAUCGGGGGCGAGGAGUGGCCCGAGGAGCAGCACGGCGACCCCGAGGCGCUGGGCUGGCGCUCGGACGCCGCGCCCACCGACGAGGCCCCGCCGCCAGACGCCGCCGCGGCAGGCGUACCACGCGCGCGCGCGGCGCGCGCGGGCGCGCCGCUGCCGGAGCCGUCGGCCGCGCGGUUCCGGCCGUGGGCGAGGGCGGGCCACGCCGCCAGCGCGGCGCGGAGCGCCUCGGCGCUGGGCGCCGUGGCGCCGAGCGCGGACUGA